AUGAGUCACCGUCGAAACUAUUUCCUUCCUCCAAGGUGGCUGAAAUGCCCUCGUGUCGGAAGUCUACUUGUUGAUUUAUUCAUACCGUUCAAAACUCCUCUUGAUUCUAAGUUUGCCGAUGUUAUUCCACCUGAUGAUAUUUUUGAUCCCGAAAGUCUGUUUGAUUAUGUCAGACCGUAUCGGCUGGGUCUUGUUUUCGACCUAACGAAAUCGACACGCUUUUAUCAUCGCAAAGAAAUCGAGAAUCAUGGCUGCACUUACUUGAAAAUAGCUUGCAAAGGCAAUGAGGAGUGUCCAACUGAGGAACAAGUUAAGCUCUUUACUGAUGUUGUUAGGAAGUUCGUGGCGGACGAUAAGAAUGUUGGAAAAAAAAUCGGGGUUCAUUGCACUCAUGGAUUUAAUCGAACAGGCUUCCUCAUUGUUUCUUACAUGGUUAAUGAAUGUUAUUACAGUCUGGAGCUCGCUUUAAAGCUAUUCGCCGAUGCACGCCCCCCUGGAAUCUACAAAGCGGACUACCUCAUGGAGCUUUAUAAACGAUUUGACGACCCAGCUGACUGCAUUCCUGCGCCUGAUCUUCCCGACUGGUGCCUUGGUGUGUUCAGCCAUAAACACCCAGACAGUCCAGGUGAAAAUGUCACCGACGCCACAGACGAGAGUAUUGUCUCAGUCCCCUCGAAAUCUGCCCGCCUCAGUGAAGAUGUCUCUCGACUCCCAGUUCCUCCUCCUGGCCAGCCGAAAUUUAUGAAUGGCGUGACUGGUGUGCGAAUUCUGGAUCAGAACGCAUUCGAAGCCCAUCACGUCCGUGCAAUUGUGGAUUACCUAAUCAAACUUGGAGGGAUUCAAGCAAGAAGAGAGGAGGAAGAAACAGCAACCCCCAGCGCCAUCGCUGAUGAUGUCUGCACAGAACCCAUUAACCUCGCACUAAACUUCGAUCCCAUGCUCCGCUUCCGUGGCAGCCAACCUGUUUCAAUGACACGUCAAAACGCCCGGCUCAUCGUGGACCAGCCCUACGCAGUAACAUACAAAUCAGACGGAACGCGCUACCUCAUGCUGGUACAUGGACCGGAAAAGGUCUAUUUAAUUGAUCGGGCAAAUUUCGUCUACAAAGUCGAUUGUCUUCAAUUUCCUACUGCCGGUUGGCUUCAAACAGCCCUACGAGCACAAAAAAAUGGGGAGAGGCCAAGCGACUUCAUGACUGAACCUGGCGCCCAUCUUGUUAAUACCCUGUUAGAUGGCGAAUUGGUAGCUUUUGAUAAUACUCCGGACAGGCCGUUCAAGUUUCUGAUUUUUGAUGCUGUGAUAAUUCAGGGAUACCCGUGUGGCAAGAGACCGUUUGAAAGUCGGCUCGAGUACAUUGAGAAGUAUGUUGUGCGACCAAGAAACGACGCGGGCCAUAAUCAGCUAGUUGACUUCUCCAAACAAACUUUUUCAGUGAGGAAGAAACCGUUUUUCCGAUUGGACCAUGUUGCGGAGGUUGGUCUCGUUCAUACACAAUUGCUUCAGUUACGACGCGAAGCUCUACAGCACAAGACAGAUGGUUUAGUUUUCCAGCCGGCGGGACCGAACGACUUCUAUGUGCUUGGCACCUGCAACGAGACGUUGAAGUGGAAGCCACCGGAAUUGAACACGAUCGACUUUCGUUGCAAGGUUUACCUGCACACGGCUCCAGGUGAAGUGAGCCGUUACGUUGGAGAAUUGUACCUGGGCGGCUCCCCCGUACCCAACGCUCAUCUUGUACACGUCACCUCCAAAGACAAGGCGUUGGACGGAAAGAUCGUCGAGUGCCAAGUCGACCGCGCCCUCGGGGGUUGGAGGGUGCUACGAAUUCGAACCGACAAGACCGACCCAAACCACUUAUCCGUUGGAAAGCUAAUUAUGGAAAGUAUCCUCUUCCCGGUAACGGCAGACGAUGUUAUCGUGCUAGUCAACAUGUGGCGACAUGCCUGUCUGCGUGAAAAGGAGGAGCGGAUGAAAAGAGAGGGAACUUACAGGGCACCUCACACAGGUGCCCCCAGUGGCGAUGACGUGUCUUGA